AUGAAGAGACAAAACGCCAGGACUCUCGCCCUCAUCAUCAGCAUCCUCACCUACCUGGUGGUCGGAGCGGCCGUCUUCGAGACCCUGGAGUCCAAACAGGAGAAGAGUCACAAGAGGAAGCUCGAUGCAAGGAAGUACGAACUCAUGCGCAAAUACAACUUGACCAAAGAGAACUUCGAGGAGCUGGAGCACGUCGUGUUACAGCUCAAACCUCACAAAGCAGGGGUCCAGUGGAAAUUUGCUGGGUCCUUCUACUUCGCAAUCACUGUGAUUACGACAAUAGGUUACGGCCAUGCAGCGCCCAGCUCCGACUCAGGGAAAGUGUUCUGCAUGUUCUACGCCCUCCUGGGGAUCCCGCUCACCCUAGUCAUGUUCCAAAGCCUGGGUGAGCGGAUCAACACGUUCGUCAGGUACCUGCUGCACCAAGCCAAGAAGUGCCUGGGAAUGCGUCAGACUGAGGUCUCCAUGGCAAACAUGGUGACGGUGGGCUUCUUCUCUUGCAUGAGCACCCUGUGCGUGGGGGCUGUGGCAUUCUCCCACUGUGAGGGAUGGAGCUUCCUCCACGCCUUUUACUACUGUUUCAUUACGCUCACCACUAUCGGGUUUGGAGACUAUGUGGCACUGCAGAGGGACGACGCCCUGCAGAAUGACCCACGGUAUGUGGCUUUCUGCUUUGUCUACAUCCUGAUGGGCCUGACGGUGAUCGGAGCGUUCCUAAACCUGGUGGUGCUUCGCUUCUUGACCAUGAACACUGAGGACGAGCGGAGGGAUGCCAAACAGAGGGCCUUGAUGUCUGUCAGUAAACCCAGAGGAGAGGUGGCUUGCCUAAUACCAAUAUCAGCCUCAACCUCUUCCACACCUGUAGCAGACGGCACUACAAAGGCUAAAGAUUUAAAAGGUGUCUACACUGAGGUGCUGCAUUUUCAGACUAUAUGCUCCUGCUUGUGGUACCGGAGCAAGGAGAAGCUACAGGGCUCCAUACCCACUAUGAUGCCUCAAGAGCUGACGUUCUCUGAUCCCUACUUGCAGCAGAACAGUAACUGCCCUCACUACAUGGAGCCUGGUUCGACAGGCUGCGUUUGCAGUCCACGUCAGUGUUCGAGCAUAAGCUCCAUAACAACGGGCCUACACAUUCUCUCUCCGUUCAGGGUGUUUAAGAGACGCAGCUCCGUCUAGCCUUUCAAUACAGCAGAUUUCAGUACAGCACAAUGCAUCUAUGCUGCCACGUGGACAACAGAUACUUGGCAGUCCUCACAGAAAAGACAUGACUGCAAGUAGAUGUUUGUGGUGCUAUAAUCACAGUAAACCAACAGUAGGGCACACAAAAGGGAAAAGUACUAUAAAAAGCAAAGUCUUACUCAAAUAUGUAUUUGAGAAAGCACAGCAUGCAA